AUGAAUUGGAAGAAUCUGCAUGGUCUCAUUGACAUAUCUCCUUUCUUGCUCUAUGAAUCCAUGGGGGACUCCGAAAAGGACUCGGAUCUCAAUACGUCCUCAUUUGAUGAUAACAACACGGAGCUAACUCAUGAUAAUGAGGUUGAUGAUGCUCAAUCUUGCUGCUCCGAUUCUUCUGAGAUUUACAACAAUGAUCGAAGCCAAAGUUUGAAAGAAAACUUGAAUUCCAAGAAAAGCGAUCAGCAACGCAUGCAUGGUGAUCAUGAAUAUAAUCCGAAUUACAGAGAAUAUAAUGAUAAUGAUAACGAUGACGAUGACGAAGAUGAUAGUGCCAUCAAUCAGUAUUGCGGGAUUAGAAAAAAGGGAUUUGUUUUUUCGAGAUCGCAGAAGAAGAACAAGGGAUGCGUUGAUUCUAAAAUGGAGCCGAUGAAGAAAGAAGAGAAAGACAAGUUGUUUUGGGAUACAUGCUUAGCUUCUUGA